CCUGGAACCGACCACUUGCAACUCGGACUUUUUCCAGAGACAGAGAGGCAGUGGGAGACGCGGAAGAAAUGAGCUAGCAUCUUCAGUCAUGCAUCUGCAUUCUGACUUUUGUCAGUGCAAACAGAAAGAAAAAGCCAAAAGGUGAGGACAGGGGACGGAAAGGAAGGAGCAAGCACUGGAGCUCAGAAGCCCAGGCGGGGCCAGUGGCACAGCCGCACCAUCCCCUCCCCCGGCCCCGUGCGUCCUCGCCCUCCUCCGCCGCCCGGCCAAAGCGGUGCCAAUGCGCCAGGAUGGAGAGAUCUCUGCGCGGGAGGAGAUGACGCAAAAGCCAGCGCUCCCCCCCAAAAAAGUGUUUCUCCAGGACGAAGAUGGCGGCAACUUAGCUGGGGACUGAAGAUGACUGUGGCUCUUGGGAGGCCCAGCCCAGGCGAUUCGGCCCCAAGGUCCGGGGGAGGCGGCGUCAGCAGUCGGAGCCCGGUGGUGGAGGCGCCCUCGGGCAGACCUGCAACAGCAGCGGCGGCAGCAGCAGUUCGAGAGCGGGGUGGGGGGAGGGGGGGAGGGAGAGCCCUGUCUGCGGUGGCUGCCCAGGCUCCGGACUCGGGGAGAGACUGCGAGAAGUAGGAGCAGGAGGAGGAGGAAAGAAAGGAGAAGGAAAGGAAGGAGGAGGAAGAGGAAGAGAAGCGAAGGGGAAGGAGGAGGAGAGCCACUGGGGAGGCGCACUGGUCGCUGUCUGCGGGCAGCGGCAGCGAAGACGCGGCAUGCCCCUGACUGGGAAGAGCGGGCCGUCCUCAGCAGGACCAUGGGGACCCGCGCGCUGACAAUGCCUGGGUGAGAAGAGCAGCGCAGAGCCACCCCGCCACCUCCACCAUCACCUCCUGCACUCAGCUCGCCACCGGCCACCAGCCCAGCCACCUCCGACUGCCUCUCUCUCUCUCUCCCUCUCUCUCUCUCUCUCUCUCUCCACUAUUGUUUCCUACUCUACAGAGGAUGGGGUCGGCUGAUGAUUAGGUCGGAAGCAAGUCAGAUCUUCCUCCAAAGCCUAGUAAUAUUUAUGUAGGCAAAAAGAGAGAGAGAAAAAAGAGAGGGAGAGAGAGGGAGAGGGGGAAAGGGAGAGAAAGAGAGAGAAGAAACGGGAGGAGGGGAUAAGGAAAUUAAACCCUUUAAGUCAAUGCAUAUUGUGGUGACACCGGCACAGGAGCCCUCACGGUGGAGUCGGCCCGGGCUGUGCGUUCCCAAAAUAUGACCAGGGGUGCUUGGAUGUGUCGGCAGUAUGACGACGGCUUAAAAAUCUGGUUGGCAGCACCCCGGGAGAACGAGAAACCGUUCAUCGAUUCAGAGAGGGCUCAGAAAUGGCGACUGUCUCUGGCAUCUCUCUUGUUUUUCACAGUCCUGCUCUCUGAUCACUUGUGGUUCUGCGCCGAAGCCAAGCUGACCCGGACCCGGGACAAGGAGCAGCAUCAACAUCAGCAGCAACAGCAUCAGCAGCAGCGGCAGCAGCAACAGCGGCAGCGGCAGCAGCAGCAGCAACAGCAGCGGACGCGGCAGCAGGAGCCCUCCUGGCCCGCGCUCCUGGCGAGCAUGGGGGAGUCCUCGCCCGCUGCCCAGGCACUCAGACUGCUCUCCGCCUACGGCCGUGGCGGCGGCAAGGGCAGCGGGGGCAAAAACAACCGGAGCAAGGCUCUUUUUCUAGGAAACUCUGCCAAACCCGCGUGGCGCCUGGAGACUUGUUACCCCCAAGGCGCCUCCUCGGGCCAGUGCUUUACCGUGGAGAGCGCGGACGCGGUGUGCGCCAGGAACUGGAGUCAGGGGGUGGCGGCCAGGGGGGAGGAGCAGCAGGUGAGAGGGACACAUCCAACUGCACUCUGGAACUUGUCGGAUUUUUACCUUUCGUUUUGUAAUUCCUACACACUUUGGGAGUUGUUCUCGGGGUUGUCAAGUCCCAACACUUUGAACUGUAGUCUGGAUGUGGUGCUCAAGGAGGGCGGCGAGAUGACCACCUGCAGGCAAUGCAUCGAGGCUUACCAAGACUAUGACCACCACGCUCAGGAGAAAUACGAAGAGUUUGAAAGUGUGCUCCAUAAAUAUUUACAAUCGCAGGAGUACUCGGUGAAAUCCUGUCCUGAGGACUGUAAGAUUGUCUACAAAGCCUGGCUGUGUUCCCAGUACUUUGAAGUCUCACAGUUAAACUGCAGAAAGACAAUUCCUUGCAAGCAAUACUGUUUGGAGGUUCAGACGAGGUGUCCGUUUAUAUUGCCCGACAAUGAUGAAGUCAUCUACGGGGGACUCUCCAGUUUCAUCUGUACAGGGCUCUACGAGACCUUUCUAACCAAUGAUGAACCAGAAUGCUGUGACGUCAGGAGACAGGAGCAAAAAAACAACCCAUCCAAAGGAACGGUGGACAACAGUGGCUCCUGUCACAGGACGUCGCUCACAGUUUCCUCAGCAACAAGACUGUGCAACAGCAGACUCAAACUGUGUGUUCUGGUACUGAUUCUCUUACAUACAGUGCUCACAGCCUCAGCAGCACAGAACACCACGGCACUGAGCUUUGGAGGCAUCAACACGCUGGAAGAAAGCUCAGCCAAUGAGGAGUAACAGUGGAAGGACAGAGUGUCACCACAAAGUGUCACCAGAGCAGCCCUGGCCCACCAUGAAAGCGCAACUGGUCAGAUGUCACAGGGACUGGGUGCUUUUACCCUCCAAUCACUUCUUGCAGGGCCUGUAGGGUAACAUUGAAAAAGAUGGGCCUGAAUCCAAACAAGGACACAAACACAGCUUUUUAUUGACUGAAAGGCUGCCAAGUGACUUCUAUUUCUCACACCAUUUUAUACACUGUGUUUUAAUGUUUGGACGUUUAAUUUGCUUUGGUUUUGGUUUGGGUUGAUUUCGUUUGUUUGUUUUUUGCACUUGUUAAUACAGGAUUUAUUUUGGGGGAUGCUUUCUCAGAGGUAAACUAAGUCUUUUCACUGUCUUUCUCUCUCUAAUAUAUAUAUAUAUAUUUCUAGUCAUUGUGUAUGUUCAUCAGAUAGUUCUGUCUCUAUGUCCUGUCAGUUUCUAUUAGAGGAAUGAUUGCUAUGACUUUGUGGUAUAGCAAAAAAUAAACAAACAAAAAAAAUCAUAAAAAAGAAAAAAAAAGACAAAAAAAAGAAAAAAAAUUAAAAAGAAUUUCCUAACUCUCCCUCCUGCCUUGGGAACCUGCACCCUCCCCGGCCUUUCCUCCCCUGGCCCUCCUCUCUCCCCUCAGCAGACAACAUCCGCUUGCUUCUGUCUGUGUGGCCAUGGUGAAUGGGCGUGCACGCUCUAGUGGGCCUCUGAGCCACUGUUGCACAAACCCACAACGGAGCAGACAAGGGGGUUAGCUGAACAAACAAGUGUUCCCCAUGAUAGGUGGAAUCAGACAGUUGAACACAUUUUUAUGUUGAAAACAAAAUAAAAGCAAAGAAAAUUACCAUGAACUAUUUCGCUCCCACUCCCGUUCCCCAAGGCCCCGGUCCUUUCUCACUGAUCAGGUGGCUCCGAGUGGCCACCUCGCAUCAGGGUGAGAAGAGGCAGAGAGUCCUUCGGAAGGUGGACUUUCACUGUGACUUCAGUUCUGUUGCAGUAACCUGGGAGCCCAUUUUGGCCCUUGUAAUGGGGACAAAGAGGCCAAGAACACACAUCUGGAUUUAUUUUGCCUCCUUUAUUGUUGACAAAGGAGAUAGUAGAGAUGCUCAAACACCUGCAGUAUACAGAAUAUACACAAUUUUACUCCAGUAUUUCCCCAACAUAUGGUUUUAAAUUAUUCCAGGUAUAAAGUGUAUGCAAUUCUGCAUUAUCACAAAAAAAUAACUUUUUUUAAAAAAAGAAUAGGUUAGCCAUUUUCAUUCAAGUGCAAAAACUGUAUCACUCUAACAUGCUCUAGAUAGUUGAAGAAAAGAGGAGAAAUCUGAUUGCUCUGUUUGUACUUUUUUCUUUUUGUGGGAACAUUUCACCUGCUGAAUGUCUAUGAAUUUGCUUUAUAUAAAAAAAGGCUUUUAUGAGUUUACAGUAGAAUCAGUGGAAGGAAGAGUUAAUAAGGGCUGUUUUUAAAAAACCAAACAAACAAAACAAAUAAUUAAAAAAAAUACUUUACAUUCCUUCCUAUUCUCUAACUACACUUGGGAAGUGCACUUCAGAUAUGUUUGCUGUGUAGCUGGGAGAUGAAGGAAAACCAUAGAAAAGGUCCUCUUAGCGAACAAAAUUUAGUUAUUGACUUUAUAGCUAUGAAAUUCCCCCAGGCAUUUGUUUUUGUUCAAACAAACUUUAAUCUCUGCAUCAUACUUAACCCUGCGACAUGCGUACAGUAUGCAUAUUUUGUUUUGAAUAAAAAAAUGUUUUGUUCCAGUCUGUUAAGAAUAUUCAAAAAUAAUAAAGGUAUUGCUUAAUAAAAUUGCUAGAAUUGUUUAGCAGAACAUGCACAAAUAUUUUACUAGAUUCUUUGUUUUAAUAGUGUUUUGUUGAGACUGCAAAUCCUAAAAUGGUCUGCGCAAAUACAAAAAACAAAACAAAACAAAACAUAAACACCACCAAAAUGCAAAAUUCUCUACUUUUUGUUCCUUUUUAAAAAAUUGUCUUUUUCAUACAAAUGCAAACACAUUCACGCAUGCACACACAUUCACAUGUGCACACACGUAGAGAGACAGUAAUUUUGAUUUACAGAAGUAUGGUACUAUUUCUAG